GUAGGGAUCAAGAGUGAGAGAGAGAAGUUUAGCGAAAUCAGAGAGAGCGAAAAUAUUGAAACAUGCAAAAAUGAGGAUGAGAGAGGAGAGAUUGGACGAAAGCAGAGAUAGAGAUGGAGAAGGCGCGUGGAAAAGGAGACGGACGUCUACCGGUAGUUAGCGGUAGCUGGGAUCAAGAGAGAGUGAACUCCGAGAGUGAAUCGAGAGAGAGAGAGUGUGAGAGAGGGAUAGAUCGUGAGAUCAGGGAGAGAAGACAAGUCAGGCGACAGGGAGAAAUAAAGGAGCCUCGGGUCAGUCUUGUGGUUGAUCGCAAAGAGAUCGGUUGAGCGUGAAACAACAACAACAAAAAAAAGAAAUUGAAUAAAAAAAGCCUGAUAAAUAAUUAAAAUGUGUGACGAUUACGACAAUGGCGCAUGUCGCGACAGUGAAAUAACAAAAGCGAACGUUGACGCUUUGAUUCGGGCUUUGGAGAAAGAAAAGCAGAAGAACUCCUUUUUAGAAUCACUGUUAAAGGAUGGUUGCGCGAGUUCAACGAAACGACGAAAUGACUGGAUCGAGGAACCUUCCGACAACCAAUUGUUCGAAGCUACUCCUCGUGGAUGUUCUACAUUUCUUGAUUCUGGAACACAAUCCACCAACGAGGCUUCCAUGUCGGCGUCCAUGUCUUUCGCCACAUUGCAAAUAGCCGUUUGCCAACCGAAAGACGGAAAAGAAGAAGUGGACAAGACGACAUUCGAUAGAUGGAGAGAGUUAUUUGAAGCGGCAAUGGAGUUUGCGGGAAUUACCAGUGAAACUCUAAAAAUGAAUGCCUUUAAAAUGAAGGCAGGCCCUUCACUGUUGGGCAUUCUAGAAAGUACGUCGACAAAUGAUUCAGCCAAGGAUGCGAAACUAUUUCCAUACACUAACACAAUGGAUCGAUUAGAUCACUAUUUUAAUUCCCAUUAUUACGUGUUUCGUCAGCGUCAAAAAUUACGCACGAUGAACCAAAUCAAAGGUGAAUCGGACUACCAAUUCGUAAAACGAGUGAUCGAAUCUGGGAAAUUAUGUAAUUACAAGGAGGAACAAUUAAUCGAAACAAUUGUCGACGUGAUACAGGUGCAUGCUAUUAACCCAAAGUACGUAUGGCAGGAUGGAAAUUCUCAAAAAACGCGGAACAAUAACAGAUCUACUGGAAAAAGUUCGAACAUGCGAAAUAGAGAAAUUUAA